GAAGAGGAUCUUGGGCAUGAUAUGGCGCUAUCUAGCACAGAUGAUGAUUCAAGUUCUUAUGAAGAAUAUGUUAUUGAAGAUGAUCUUGGGCGAGAUAUUGGGACAUCUAAUACAAGAUAUGCUGAUAUUGGAAAUCCUGACUUUGAAUGUCGGCAUUGUGGAGCAUAUAUGUGGUACCAAGAAAGAACUCAAAAAGACAAAAAGACAAAGAACCCCAAAUUUAAAAAGUGUUGUGGUGAUGGGAAGAUUCAACUUCCACUUUUGAAAAGCCCCCCAAAUGUGUUGAAGCAUCUUAUGUUUGAUUGUGAUUCCCCUGAUAGCAAGAAUUUUCAACAGCAUAUACGUGCAUAUAACAUGAUGUUUGCUUUCACAUCACCUGGAGCAAAACUAGAUACGUCAAUAAAUGAUGGCAAAGGGCCGCCUACCAUUAGAAUACAAGGACAAACAUGUCAUCUGAUUGGUAGCCUAUUGCCUAAGCCUGGUGAUUCUCCAAAAUUUGCACAACUUUAUAUAUAUGACACUGAGAAUGAGGUGCAAAAUAGACUAUCUACAUUCAGGAAUCAGGAUCAUCUCAAGCCAGAAAUUAUGAGGAGGUUGUCUGCUAUGCUUGAUCACGAUAAUGCAUAUGCAAAAUCAUUUAGAAUGGCAAAGGAGAGAUUUAAAGCUUCACAUAUACAUGACUGCAAGUUAAAACUCAUUUCUGAUAGAGCUACCGAUGGAAGAAUAUAUAACUUACCGUCUGUUUCUGAAGUUGCUGCUCUUAUUGUUGGUGAUGUUGACGUGGGGUCAAACAGAGACAUAAUACUUGAAUGGCAAAGUGGAAAAUUGAAAAGAAUAAAUGAGUUAUAUCCGGGCUAUUUAGGUUUGCAAUAUCCACUUUUAUUUCCUUAUGGUGAAGAUGGAUAUAGGCAUGACGUGCUACAUAGAAAUAGACCUGGCUCUAAAAAAUCCAAACGAAACAAAGUUACUAUUAGAGAGUGGAUAUCUUUCAGACUUCAAAUGCGUAGAGAUGAAGGGCAAACUUUGUUGAGAGCCAGGAGACUGUUUCAACAGUUUAUAGUCGAUGCAUACACUAUGAUGGAGUCUGAUCGGUUGUCUUAUAUUAGGAAUCAUCAAAAAGAGUUGAGAGUUGAUAAAUAUAGCAGUUUGCAAACUUCUCAAGUUGAUCAUACUCAAAAUCAGGGAUCAAAUAGAGGGAAAAGAAUCAUAUUGCCCUCAACAUUUGUAGGAGGUCGUAGGUUCAUGGAUCAGUUGUAUUUUGAUGGCAUGGCAAUCUGUAGUGUCGUUGGCUUUCCUGAUUUGUUCCUUACAUUCACAUGCAAUCCAAAUUGGCCAGAAAUUAAAAGGUUGCUUAAACCAAUGAAGUUAACAGCACAAGAUCGUCCUGAUAUUGUCUCUAGAGUUUUCAAGAUUAAAUUUGAAGAACUAAUGACAGAUUUAAAGAAGGGAAAAAUAUUUGGUCGUGUGCUUGCAUAUAUAUAUACAAUUGAGUUUCAAAAGAGAGGGUUGCCACAUGCGCACAUUCUGGUUUUCUUGCAUCCAGAUAACAAGUAUCCAAAUCCAGAGGAUAUUGACAAAAUUAUUUCAGCUGAAAUAACUAACCAAGAACAUGAGAGAGAGUUAUAUCAAAUAGUCAGUUCUCAUAUGAUACAUGGUCCUUGUGGUUCAGCUAAUAAAUCAUCACCAUGCAUGAAAAAUGGGAAAUGUUCCAAGUACUUUCCUAAGCAAUAUCAGAGUGGUACUAUUGUUGACAAGGAUGGUUAUCCAAUAUACAGGAGAAGAAAUAAUAGCAACACCGUUGAAAAAGGAGGUAUCAUUCUUGACAACCGUUAUGUUGUUCCCUAUAAUCCAACACUCUUAUUGAAGUAUCAGACACAUAUGAAUGUUGAAUGGUGUAAUCAAAGUACUUCUAUAAAGUACUUAUUCAAAUACAUCAACAAAGGGUAUGAUCGAAUCACUGCAGCUAUUGUCCCUACUAAAGAUCAAAAUGGAAAUCAAGUUGAUGUAAUUGAUGAAAUUAAACAAUAUCUUGAUUGUCGAUAUAUCUCAUCAUGUGAGGCAUGUUGGAGAGUUUUGGCAUUUCCAAUACAUGGUAGAUCCCCUGCGGUUGAAAGAUGUUAUUUUCAUCUUCCCGGUGAACAUUGUGUGUAUUUUAAUGAUGAUGAUGAUAUUGGUUCCGUACUCUCUAAAGCAACUGUUAAAGAAUCAAUGUUUACAUCAUGGUUGAAUGCAAAUAAGAUCUAUCAUGAAGGUAGAAAUUUGACUUAUGCACAGUUUGUGUCAAAGUUUGUUUACAAGGCAAAAAAAAGAUGUUGGCAACUUAGGAAGCGGGGUUACACUGUUGGACGACUUAAUUGGGUUCCUCCAAUUUCUGGUGAACUUUUUUACUUGAGAAUGAUGUUAGCUGUUGUUAAGGGACCAUGUAGCUAUGAAGACAUCAGAACUGUGGGCGAUAUUCUACAUCCUACCUUUCGCGAGGCAUGCUUUGCAAUGGGAUUCUUGGAAGAUGAUAGAGAGUAUAUUGCAGCUAUUAAGGAAGCGAAAGAUUGGGGACCAGGUCACUAUUUAAGAAAGUUAUUUUUAAGAUUGCUAAUCUCCAACAGCAUUACGAGACCUGAGAAAGUGUGGCAGCAAACAUGGCAAUGGCUAUCAGAAGAUGUUCUUUAUCAACAAAGAAAGCUAUCAAAUAUCCAAGACUUGCAGCUUAGUGAUAAUGAAUUGCAAAAUAUAACUCUUAUGCUGAUUGAAGAGUUACUGCAAUCAAAUAGAAGAAGUCUGAAGGAUUUCCCAUCAAUGCCUUAUCCACAAGGAUAUGUCACAAAUCGUUUGGGAAACAAGCUCAUAUAUGCUGAACGUGAUUAUGAUACAACUAAAUUGAAUGAGGAGUUCCAGAAUUACUUCAAGUCUCUCACAGAUGAGCAAAGGACUAUAUUUGACACAAUCAUGAAAGCAGUUUCUGACGAGCAGGGUGGGAUGUAUUUCUUAUAUGGUCAUGGUGGUACCGGAAAAACAUUUAUGUGGAAGACACUAGCUUCAGCUUUACGUGCAAAAGGAGAUAUUGUUUUGACUGUAGCAUCCAGUAGGAUAGCAUCUUUAUUGAUGCCAGGAGGAAGAACAGCACACUCUAAAUUUGCUAUCCCAGUGCCUACAUCAGAGAACUCAACUUGCAAUAUUCACCAAGGAAGUGAAUUGGCAGGAUUACUGAAAGUGGCUAAGCUAAUUAUAUGGGAUGAGGCUCCAAUGUCACACAAGUUUUGCUUUGAAGCAUUAGAUAAAAGUCUUAGAGAUAUCAUGAAUUGCUCUAAUAAUGUAAAUGCUCCUUUUGCAGGAAAAGUGAUUGUCUUUGGGGGUGACUUCAGACAAAUUCUUCCAGUUAUACCAAAAGGUAGUCGUUCUGAUAUUGUCAAUGCAACAAUUAAUGCUUCAUAUCUUUGGGACUAUUGCCAUGUAUUGAAACUCACAAAGAAUAUGCGUUUACAAAAUGAUCCAAAUAAUUUGAAUGCAAAUGAACUUCAACAAUUUUCACAAUGGUUAUUAGAUGUUGGUGAUGGAAAACUUGGUGAGCCAAAUGAUGGUUAUGCAACUAUAGAGAUUCCUGAAUCAUUCCUCAUUGUUAAUUUUGAUGAUCCUAUAUGUGCUAUAGUGCAAAGCACUUAUCCAUAUUUGGCAAGAAAUUACUUGAAAGAAGAAUAUUUAAAUUCUAGAGCUAUUCUUGCAUCAACAAUUGAGGUUGUGGACAAGCUUAAUGAUUAUGUUCUAUCAUUAAUACCAGGUAAUGAAAGAGAAUAUUUGAGCUCUAAUUCAAUUGACAAAUCAGAAGCACUUCAAAAUCCAAUACUUCAGACUCUUACACCUGAGUUUCUGAAUUCACUUAGAACUUCUGGUCUCCCUAAUCACAAGAUCAAAUUGAAAAUUGGUACACCAAUCAUGUUGAUGAGAAAUUUAGACCAAUGUGAAGGAUUAUGCAAUGGCACAAGAAUGAUUGUUACACACCUUUCAGAUCAUGUUAUUGGAGCUAAGGAAAUCUCUGGAAAGAACAAGGGAGUUGUGACUUACAUUACUAGAAUGUGCAUGUCCCCAUCUCAAUCACCAUGGCCUUUUAAACUUGUAAGGAGACAAUUCCCCAUUAUUGUCUCAUAUGCUAUGACUAUCAACAAGUCACAGGGUCAAUCACUAGCUAAUGUUGGAGUGUAUUUGCCUAAGCCAGUGUUUAGUCAUGGUCAAUUGUAUGUGGCCUUUUCUAGAGUUCAAAGUAAACAAGGUUUGAAGAUCUUAAUACAUGAUAGUGAAGGAAAACCCUUAAACACAACUACUAAUGUUGUGUUCAAGGAGGUCUUUCAAAAUUUACAGUAGGUUUUUGAUAUAUAUCAUAAUAAAACUUCAUUCCGGGUUUAGGUGCACUUACAUGAUUACAUGACGCGGAAGAAGUAUUUUGUCCUCA